CUACUACUUUUACCCUUACCAUCACCAUCCCCCUUGUCGAAAGCGAUGGGUAAUGACGGAGGAAGUAUCCCAGACCGUCGCGACCUAGUUCGAAACAAGCCAAAGGCAGAACAGGCCGACAAAGCGAACCAGACCCGCGCCCGUUGGUUCUUUUGCGCACUAUCCAAGCGAAUACUCCAGGAACCCAUAGUGGCAUGUGCUCUGGGGAAAUUGUAUAACAAGGACUCAAUAUUGGAGUACUUACUUGACAAGUCUGCAUAUGGCGAUGGGGAAGACAUUUGCGGUCACAUACGGUCACUCAAGGAUGUUAAAACACUGUCCUUAACGCCGAAUCCUACACCUCCUUCCCCCGAUGCAACUACUAACCAUGCACAAUUCAUCUGCCCAAUCACCCUUAAGGAGAUGAACGGUCUCCUACCGUUUGUAUACAUCGCCACUUGCGGCUGUGUACUCUCUCAGGCAGGCUUGAAGAACGUUUCUACGACACCGAAAGAGGAAGAUGGCGAACAGCUUGACAUCUGUCCUCAGUGCGCCAAAAAGUAUUCUCGAACAGACGACGUUAUUCUGCUCAAUCCUGGGCCCGAGGAAGAGGAACGCAUGCGGGAAGCUAUGGAACGUAAACGACUGUCUGAGCCGCCGAAGAAAUCCAAGAAGAGAAAGAACGUCUCCCCUCCGAAUGAGGCUCCGGCGAGCAAGAAACAAUCUGUUGCUCCUAGCAUGAAUCCAGGAAUUACAGCAGCAAGUCGUGCCGUUGUGAGUAGUUUGGCGAUGGAAGAGGCGAAGCGAAAGGCAAACAUGAGCGAGGCGGUGAAAUCCCUGUAUUCCGACGGUAAACCGAAGAGGAAGGAAACAUUCACAACCAUGGGAACGUUUACACGGUAUGCUUAAUUAAUUGGAUCUGUAUUAGACUUGUUGUAUAAUAUAAUUUUUCUGGACAUUUCCCAUGCUUUGCUAUCUCAUUACUUCACUAGAGUCCAUUUUGUUGCAUGUAUUAUCAGGGUCGGAGGCGUUUUGAUCACGCUACCCGUAGGUAGAAG